GUUUGUUCGAUCGAUUCAGUACAGUGCCAUGGAGCACCAUGGCGGCGACGCGGACGAAGCGUCGGCGAAGCGGGUGCUCAAGCGAAAGGUGAAAAACCCAAGGACAAACUUGUUCGAAUGGGUCAAGUACCGAUGUCAUGUUGGCGACGGCUUCUUCCUCUGUGAGAAGUUUUCGCCUGACACAGAGACGGCAUCGCUGCGUGUGCUGUUAGCCAACAUCCUGUCCGUGCAUCCCAAAGCAGCAUCUCGCUUUGAAAUCACACAUGCAACUCCCAAUGGACACAUUUCAACCGAGUUCAUGGCUCCAACGACACAGCACUGUGCGCUCUGGGUGCGUACGUUGAAGGAGGCAAUUGCCGAGGCCGUUCAGGUCAAUUCGACAACGACAUCGUGUAGUGUACCUCCCACAACUCAGCAGGAGCAACCACCUUUGCAGCAAAAACUACCUCCCCUUGAAUCUCAGCAAAUCAACACGCCUCAUGCCUUGCUAUCAUCCGCCCAAAGCGCCAUCAAUUGCCAAAGUAGCAAUGCCGUCUCGACCGACAACUUCAAGAUAUCGAGUGGCACCUUUCAACCCCCCACAGGUCGCCCUGACCUCGCGUCAGAGGAAAUAUCUACCCAUCUACGUGCGAAAGAGCAUUGUCCUCCUGUUCUGGCACUCCGGCCACCUUCAGCAUCGACUUUGUCUCCAACCCCCGUCUCGAAUGAACCCAACCCAGUCACGAUCCCUUCAAGACAUUCCACACCACCAGCAGUAUCUCAGCUGACUGCCUCAGAGCACGAAGCCGAGGAGCAGCUCGGUAUUCUCGUCCGUGUAGAAAGCGUGCUGAAGCAGCUCGAGUUGGAGAACAAACUGUGCUUGGAACGAGAAACCCAAUUGCGCCAGGAACUAGCUAACAUGCAAGACUCGAUGCGGCUCAUGGAGAUGGAACGCCAAGAGCUUCUCACUCAACUACGCGACGUCACAACCGAGCGAGAAGAGUGGAAAGCUGUCGCAAGACGGAAACAGAGCGAAAUGACGCAGGUCCGAGAUGAUCUCCAAAUCGCUCGCGACGAAAUCCGUCUCCUCACGAACGAGCAGUUACGGCUUCACCACCGCAACAAAGACCUGGCCGUGCAUGUUCAGCGCCUCGAUACAUUGGUGUAUGGGAAAUUUUAACUUUAAGAAGAGUAGAACGUGUCGCGUGAGGUCAGUGUCGCAUUAGCUGCACAUGACCUCCAUCCUCGCGGGCCCCGCGAGACUCGGACGU